AUGAACCGAAUCACGGUGUACGAGCGUGCCAACUUUGAGGGGCUGAGCCGGGAGUUCACCUGCGACGUGCCCGACCUACACGAGCUGGAUUUUGGGGACUGCAUCGCCUCCCUGAAGGUGGUGGGGCAGCCCUGGAUCGCCUACGUGGACCCCAAGUACGAGGGGGAGUCGUACGCCUUUGAGGAGGGCGAGUACCCCUCCGUGGAGCGGCCCAACAGCUUCUCGGCGCUGCGCCUCGUGCUCCAUGACCUGGGGGACCCCCAGAUCACCCUCUAUGAGCGCCCCAACUUCCAGGGUGCCUGCAAGGUGGUGACGGAGGAGACCAACUUGGCGUACGGGUACUUCAACGACCGAGUGGCCUCCCACGUGGUGCAGCGAGGCGUCUGGCUGCUCUACCAGCACCCCGGCCGGGGCGGUUGGCACUGCCUGGCAUGGCCCGGAGAGCAUCUGGCCGACUACAAACCCGAGCUGAACUUCCAGGCUCGGUUGUCCCACCUGCGCCCACUGCGGCCCGGGCAGCCCCUGGUCUCGGCACGUCUCCUCUGGGAGCAGAAGCGGGUGGAGGAGGAGCGGGAGGUGCUGGUGGAUGAGAUCGAGGGGGUGAACGAGACGGAGUCGGAGCAGGUUCUGGCGGCCAGCAGCAGCCGGGAGGACAGCACCACGCUCUGGCAGAGCUUCCACUUCAGCAACGGCACCAGAGCCGGGCUCUCCUUCACGCUGAUCGUGGAAGCCUCCAACAUCUUCACGGUACAGAAAGGGCGCAGCGAAUCCAGCACCCGCCGGGAACGCGUGGAGGUGCAGCUGCCAGCCAAGAUCCCGCCGCGCACGGCUCUCAGCAUCCAGGUCUUGCGGAAGGAGGUGACGCUCUCCGUCCCGGUCCUGCUCACCAUCACCCAGAACGAAGCCGUCCGUACGGAGAUGGGCGAAUACCGCAGCGUCUCGGGUACCAACAUCAGUGCCCGCUAUAGCUUGAAGCCUCUGCCGGUUGUGUGCAGGCAGCAGGCAGCCACCGAGGGGACAGAGCCGGUGCCCGGGACAGAGCUAUAG